AUGAAGAUAUUCAACUCCAAAAACUACACCGCUACUCCAAGUACUUGGAUGAAUAAAGAACGUGUCUUAAAAGUCACAGAAGAAGUGCAGGAGACAGAUGACGAACAUGUAUUUUCUGAAGAGUUUAGGAUAAGGACUGAACAAAUUAAAGAAAAGAUUCCAAAACAUGUACUAAAAGUCAUGAAAGAAGAGUUUGCAAAACUGGAUAUAUUAGAAUCUGAUUCAAACAAAUUCCAGGAUACUUAUGACUACCUUAACUGGUUGACCAUACUGCCUUGGGGAAAUUUCAGUGAUGAGAAUUUUGAUGUCUUACGAGCAGAAAAGAUUCUUGACAAUGAUCAUUACGGAUUAUCUCAUGUAAAAGAGAGAAUCCUAGAGUUUAUUGCUGUGAGAAAACUCAGAGGCACUUCAAAAGGGAAGGUCAUAUGUCUCUCAGGGCCUCCUGGAGUAGGUAAAACUAGCAUUGGCCGUUCUAUAGCACGUGCUCUUGGCCUCGAGUUCUUCCGGUUCUCCGUUGGAGGACUAGAUGACGUUGGCGAGAUUAAGGGGACUCGUCGAUCAUAUGCAAAUGCAUUGCCUGGAAUAAUGGUGAAGUGUCUAAAGACCGUGGGAACAUUAAAUCCUCUCGUUCUGAUCGAUGAGAUUGAUAAGCUUGGAAAGAGCAGCUCUGGCGAUCCAGCCAGUGCGUUGUUAGAGAUUCUGGAUCCAGAGCAGAAUGCAAAUUUUCGAGACCAUUAUCUAGAUGUUACUAUCGACUUAUCCAAGGUCUUAUUUGUAUGCACAGCAAAUGUGUUAGAUACGAUUCCGAAACCUCUGCUAGAUAGAAUGGAGGUGAUUAAUAUCUCAGGGUAUAUCACUGAUGAUAAGAUGCAUAUUGCUAGAGACCAUUUGCUGAAAACCUUAUGCAUAGAUUGUGGCAUCAAGCCUGAACAGGUUGUUGUGAGUGAUGCAGCUCUCCGUUCGUUGAUUGAAAAUUACUGUAGAGAACCAGGUGUUAGAAAUCUCCAGCAGCAUAUUGAAAAGAUUUACCGUAAGAUUGCUUUGAAGCUAGUGAGAGAAGGGGCAUCCUCGGAAGCUCCUGAGGUUUCGGUUAUGAUUGAUGAACCAAACCUUGCAGAUUAUGUAGGCAAACCAGAAUUUAAUGAAGAGAAGAUCUAUGAGGAGACACCAGUAGGGGUUGUAAUGGGUCUAGCUUGGACAUCCACUGGUGGCUCACCACUGUACAUAGAGACAACCUCUGUAGAAGAAGGAGAAGGCAAAGGUGGUUUUCAUAUAACGGGUCAGCUUGGUGAUGUGAUGAAAGAAAGUGCAGAGAUAGCUCACACCGUAGCCAAAAGAAUCAUGCUCGAGAAAGAACCCAAGAACCGUUUCUUUGCGAACUCCGAGCUUCACUUACAUGUUCCUAGAGGAGCCACACCAAAAGACGGUCCAAGCGCAGGAUGCACAAUGAUUACUUCCUUGCUAUCACUUGCAAUGAGGAAGCCUGUAAGGAAGGAUCUUGCAAUGACAGGAGAAGUCACUCUAACCGGUAGAAUACUUCCAAUAGGUGGAGUUAAGGAGAAGACUCUAGCUGCAAGCAGGAGUCAAGUGAAGAUGAUGAUUUUUCCUGAGGGUAACCGUGGAGAUUUUGAUGAGCUCUCUUGCAACUUGAAAGAAGGGAUUGAUGUUCACUUUGUGGAUGAGUAUGAGCAGAUUUUUGAGCUAGCUUUUGGGUAUCAUUUGGGAUCUCCUCCGUUGAAUUUUACAAGAAGUUUGACAAGUCUCAUGUGGGAUUUACUUAGUGGUUGUUUUCAGUAG